GCCAGUUGGCGAAAAGUUAAUGUUUCUUGUUAAUUUGUUUUGUGCUCGCUAGCAAAAUUUUUUUGUAAAAUAAGUAUUUAAAAAAAAAUUGAUACGCGCACAAACUUUCUAAAAUGUCUGAUAGUGAAGAAUUUUUAAGCGCUGAAGAAGAUUAUGAAGAAUUUGAGAAAAAGCCAGAAAACAAUGCCAGAAAAACCGAAAUAUGCCAUAGAGGGAAGGAAAUCUCCACAAAAGUUGAAAAGGUCAAUAUAAAAUUAAAGAAAGAUAUUAAAACCGAACCAGAGCUGGAAUCGGAGCAGGGAAACACAGCAAUUAAUAUUCUAGAAAAUGAUAUGCAAAAAGUGACAGAAAAAAUAUGUAAUUUAGGUACAGAAAGUGAUUCAGAGGUCAAAAAUGUGAAUGAAAAUGAUUGGAACGGGGAGGAUGAUCGAGAAAUGGAAAAAAAUGAUAGUUUAAAGUCCGAAAUUAUGAAAAAUACUGAAAAAAAAGUGAUCACACCACCACUAAAUAUUGAUAUUGAUACGAAUAAAAUUUCGGGAGAUUUAGCAAAGAAUAUAAGUUCUAAUAUAGAUGUGAAGAUUGAAGCACGACAUAGUAAAUCAGACAUUACAAUAUUGGAAGAAGAUAAGAAAUUUCCUGAAAAUUUUAAUGAAAAAGAAAAAAUUUAUCAGGAACAUGAAUCGGAUAAAAGCACAAACGAAAAGAAAAAAGUCGAUGCAAAAAUUUCAGAAAGCAAAGAUGAUGAAUGGGACUUUGACGAUUGGAAUGAUGACGAUAAGAUAUGUAUUACCAGUGAGAAUAAAACCAAAUCAGGGGUCGAAACUGUUUCCAAUACAAAUUGUCUUAAACAAAUGACUGAGCAAAAUAAUGAAACUCCAAAACAUGGAGAGAUUCUAGUUAAUUCAAAAGAAAAGGAAAAUGAUGAUACGGCUUGGGACGACUUUGAUGACAAUGACGAGUGGAUUGCAACUGAUACAGUUAGCAAAGAUCUGAAUAACUCAAAUAAUAAAUUAGCUAACGAUGCGAAACUGGAGCCUUGCAAAAAUAAUCAAAAUUUCAAAAACAAUGCUCAAGACUCUCAAAAUAAUGAUUCUUGGAACGGAUGGAAACCUUGGGGAGGGGUGGUGACGUCACUAUUAUCCACAGCUACAGAAGGCGUCACCUCAUUAACAACACAUGUAAGCCAAGUUUUGGAAAAUAGCAUUGGCAUUCCUGAGCCAGAGGAACUUGUCAAAAUUAACCAAAAAUUGGAAGAACAGCAAUUAUGCUCAGAUACAGAAAAAUCAAGUGAUGUCAGUAGUGAAGAUAAAAAGGAGGAGCGUCAGUCUACAUUAAUAGGAUUAGUUUCAGGUGUAACAACAAUAGGAAAUAAAGUGAUAACUGGUGGAUUGGAUACCUUAGAAGGGAUUGGAAAGAAGACCAUGAAUAUAUUACAAGAAAAUGAUCCACUACUUUUAAAUAAAAGAAGGAUUAUUGGACUUGAAAGUUCAAAGCCUAAUCUGAGUCAGGUUUUACGAGAAGCGAAGGAAAAGUCUGAAGAAAUUGAAAAAAACUUAAAGCAAGCACAAAAGCAGUCAUAUAAAAAACAAUUACAUUUUGAAACAUUAUUUGAUCAUUAUUAUGGACUAGUACACCUUGAAGCUCUCGAAAUGUUGUCAAGACAAUGCGAUAUUAAAAUACAAUCCUUAAUGACACCACUUUCUGGAAAAGCCUUAGAUGAAAUGAAAGAAACUCUUAACGAAGUUAAAGAAUUAUGUGAUUUAGAAGAAUUGGAAGCCGACGAUCAUGAUGAGCCAUAUACCAAGGAAAUUUUGGAAAAUGAUUUAAAAAGAGCGACUCAAGAUUUUGGAAUACCAACCGAUUUCACUGAAAUAUUAGAAUGCUGGGAAAAGAAUCUUAUUUAUCUUCAAGGAGACAUUGAAAAUGCUCAUGAGGUUUUUGAAAAAGGUUUACGAUGUUUGGCCGAGACUUGUGCACUCCAAAUGAACAAAAUGCAUAAAAUUGCGGAAUUACUUAUAAUUAAAGAAUCCCACACCACAGUGAGCGAAGCUGACAGUUUGGUCCAAAUUACAACAAUAUUUUCACGUCAUCUAAGAGGUAUAGCUAACAAGUUUUGUGGAAAAUUGAACACGUUUGAGCAAACAGAAGAAGUAAAAACUUCCAUCACCAAUAUCUUUGUUGAGGUUUAUAACAGUACCUCUUAUGUUCAAAGUGCAUUUAAAUUAUUUAUACCCAUUCUUCAAGUUGGCGCAGCAUAACCUUCUUCCUUUUAAUAAUAUAAUACUGUACUUUAUUGUUUUUUGUAAAAUUUAUUAUUGUUAUUAAAAUUAAUAAAUCUUGAAAGUAAAAACUGAAA